AAGAAUCACCAUCCUUAUUCCUCACUGUCACCCAACCAACAUACGGCAAUUCAACACACACCUCCCCACGGUCGUAUGCUCGCUCUGUAUAGUCCGUAUACUCUAAUUUCCCUCUACAGCGACGAUAAAUCCCAUAACCCAUAGGUAUUAAACGAAUGCGAAUGCCGAGAUCACGAGCACGCAGUGAGAUUCGUCCCCGACUUUGCCGCAUGGGGGCGCCGUGAAUGAGGAAUGCCAUCUCAUCACCACUACCCAGGACCGGACGAACCACGUAACCACAACACCGUAACGGCCUCCUAUUCCCCUGGCCAUGACCCAACUACAUUUCAACCAUUGAAUACCGAGAAACAGAGUAGUCCUCUCCGGACUAGUUUCUCUGACGACAUUUUCGAUUCCAUGCGAAACUUGCCAGGCAACGCGGUAGGGCCGACGAAUCCUGAUGCACCCUGGCUUACUCUCGGAUCUUCAAGUGUAAAUCACGUUAAUUUGAAGGGUGGUGGCUUAGACGCGAUCGGUGUUGGGUUAUCCCCAUCCGUCGCUAGAGAUGUGCAAUCGGAAAAGGAUGAGCCAAGGAGAGGAACGACAGGAGCUGGCUCGGGUGCAAGGAGAAAGAGUAAAGAAGUUAGCAUUGCAGGAGGUUCGCCGGAAGUCAUAGAUAACAAAUUAUCUAUUAACGAGUACCGGGCACAGCUCGCUAGAGAAAUGGAACGUCGAGAGCAAGCCGUUCGAAGCCCUCCGUCGCCUACGCGAAAUGCGUCAGAGGCGACGCGCGUAUCGCCCAUAAAGGAGGAAUCCAGUACCACGCCGUCCCCGCCGACUGAUUCGGAUAUUCCGACCACCUCAACAGAAUCUAACAGAACAGUCCGCGGCGGUAUGACCCCCGGCCUCUCGGCUCGGACACCAUCGUACCCCUUCCCACGCAUGACCACACCCAACUUUUCCGCGGCAUACCUGCAGCAUGUUCUUAACCAACAACCUCCGACCGGAGUCGUCAACUCGGUGGGCGCACAGUUUGGUGGGUUCAUGACGCAAGACCAAAUUAGAUCCGAUCCGUCAACCCCCGCAUCGGCCAUGACAUUCUUACCUGCCGGCGUGUCUAGCAAACCGUCGAACCUCGACUUCCCUACACCUAGUCUUUAUGAUUUAACAUUAAUGCUAUCCGCCGAGCCUGGCUUGGAGGCAUGGUGGACUAGUGUCGUCCAGAUCAUGACUGAUUAUUACAAAGCUGAGAGGGUAACUCUUUCUGUGCCAGCUGACCCAACAGAUGUCGAAAAUGUGCCUUGGGGACAGAAGGCUACUUAUAACGCUUUGGAGGAGGAUGAUCUGAGCAUGGGGUACCUCGCGAAAGGGACCGCCGCCUGUAGUGAAGGUGAUCAGUCUCAGCCUGACCCUAGAUCGACUUCCGAGGACCCUUAUAAGAGUGACAAGCCUACACGACCGGUGAUACAGAACCGGCAUUCCUUCACCACGUAUGAAGAUCAAAAGGGAAACCGGGAAGUCAAAACGGAGGGGGCAGUCUCAAACUCUCACCGGCCUGGCUUGACUCAAAGGAGCAAAAGUUAUUAUCCAGGGACAGACAGAUUAGACCCGGCCUCACCCCACCCGGCGUUGAAUAGGCAAACACUUGAAGAGCAUGACGCCAUCGAGGAGCAACAACCUGUUCCCACAUGGGAGGCCAAGAUGGAGCCGAAGAAGGAAGUGAAGGGCCGUCUCCUUCAGGUAUUGCAAGGUCUCGAUUUUGAAGCUGACCCGCUCAUCGACCAUGACGGCAUCACUCGCGUUGUCGAGCGAGGGAAAGUGAUUGCUUUAACUCGCACCUACCCUUAUCUUGACUCAACUUCUGAAGAGAAACAGCAGCAGCCCAAGAUCACCAAGCCCGUCCCGAUGGAAGACCAUAGGAAACAACUGUCAAGCAAAUUCAUUAGAUCCGAGUCCCAAACGAAGCUAUCCUCGCUAUUAGCCAGCGCGGGCGCACCACGCUCCCUGAGUCGGAAUAGGAAAUCACUGUCGGUAGAUAAGAAAAUCCCUAGUUUGUUCUCAGCGUUCGACGACGUUCUACCUCGACCUCCGACUCCGAGGUACGAAGAGUACGAGCAGGCACCCCCGUCUCCGUGGUCCCAAUCACCGGCGCCUUCGCCUGCCGUUAGAGCUGAUCCCUCAGAGAACCCCUUUUUUACGGAUGCUGUAGUUGACGAGGAGUCGUUCAACCCUGGGCCGAGCCCUCACGAUUACUCAUCGACUCAACCGCCUGAGACUAUCGGUGUUGAUAACUCUUGGACUGUCCUCCAUAUACCCCUCAACCAUGUCCUCCUAUCCAAGCCGCCUCAAAAAUUUAAGUUAGAUCCCUCUGCGUUGGAACACAAGGCUUCACAACGGAGCCAUCCAGAGCCGAGUGUAAGUUCUGCGAUGUUACAUGACCGUCCAUCUACCGAAGAAUUAGCCAAGAAGAACAAAAAUUUGCCUAUUGCAAUCUUGUCGAUCUUAACCCCCAUUAUACCAUAUCCCGCUAAUCUGCGCCACUCACUCGAACACCUCGCACCUCACUUAGCGGCUACCUUUUCCCUUUCUCGACACUACUCAAAUCUCGAAACAGAAGUUAUGGGUAUUCAUCGGAAAAGACCUUCUACUAGUGGCUUCGGUGCUAUUGGCCAUGACGGACGACCAGUAGCAGACCCUGCCAUGCUCGCUCACUUUAAUGCCGCCUCGCCCGAGGACCUGUCUCAACGUUCAGCUACCGGAAGCCUCACCAGCCCCAGCGAAUAUUCAGGACCAUCCCGAAGCAUCAAUGCCUCUCCUAGUGGGACGCCACUUUGGGAAUCUAAUUCUUUCGGGUUCGUUGUUGAGAGGCGAACCACCGGCGCUAGCCCUAAUCAACCUGGCGGCGACAGCUACUUCAGUUCGGUCCCUAGAGGUGGAAGCAUUUCUGCAGAGGCUCAACGCGCUUCUAGGGCUGGCGCCAAAGAAAGUGGGCUUACGAUGGCCAAGCAAAUAAGACGGUCGGGAAGUCUUCUACAUCACCAACAGGAUCUCAGUUCACUUAUGAAGGAUACUGAAGGCUCGGAUAUCGUUCGAAAUAGUGGCGUCUUUGAUGAAGCAACCAUUAGUCAGAUAUCAAAACAGAGACCUGCGUCGAAAGACUCCUCAGAUAUGAAUACCGGAAUCGAGAACCAGCAGUCCAGGCAAGACGUCGAUGAUGGCCGGAGACGUUUAUCUAAUCAGAGCAUGCAAUCUGGUGGCCACAGACAUACCAUGUUGCAUUCCUACGGUGGUGAUUUCUCGUCAUCCUUUCAGUCAUUACCUCCCAGCACAUCCCUUCUCACAAAACCUACGUCACAGUCCACAGCGCCAGUUCGGCCUGGAUCUUCGUCUGCACCACAAGUCACUAUGCUCCCGCCUUCAGACCGCUUGAAAGGACUUAUGCUCGACUUAUUACCGGUACACGUAUUUGUCGCCUUGCCGGUACACGGGGAAAUUGUUUGGGUUAAUAGUAGGUACUUGACUUACAGGGGCCAGACUCUUGCAGAUUUGGUUGCAGACCCUUGGGGAAGUCUACAUCCGGAAGAUCGCGAGGAGUAUAUGCGUGCUUGGGGUCAUUCUCUUCGAUCCGGUGACCAAUUCGCUCAAUCCGUACGCCUACGUCGCUUCGACGGUGCAUAUCGGUGGCAUCAGGCGCGAGCGGUAGCUUCGAGGGAUAAGCGAGGUGUCAUCGUCCAAUUCAUCGGCUCAUAUAUGGAUAUUCACGAUCAGAAGGUUGCCGAGUUAUUGGCUCUCCGACAAGAAGAAAUCGAAAUAUCCGAAGCAAAGCAUCGCCUACUUGCGAACUUGAUUCCUCAGAUAAUAUUUACUGCGACCGAAAACGAUGGGAUAACAUUUGCAAAUGAGCAGUGGCUGUCUUACACCGGCCAGAGCGACGAAGAUGCACUAGGUCUUGGUUUUAUAGACUUUGUGCAUCCUGAUGACCUAGCGAAAUGUCGAAUACCGGUAGAGCGCUUGGCAACGCAGCCUUGCGAGGAGAACGUUGAUGCGUCUAUACAAGACCCUACAUCAACAGGAUUUAAAUUGCUACUGACGGGCGCGUCGGAAAAACAACCUGGAGCCGUAUCUCGAAAUAACGGUCCUACCUCAGCACGUGAUUUUGUCACGGCAGAUCUAGGCGAACUGUUCAGACAGGGUAUUCUCAAAGUUGCAACAGAUAGCAAUGGGCGACUUUCUUAUACUACUGAAGUACGACUCAGAUCGAAGUCUGGGGAGUAUCGGUGGCACUUAAUAAGAUGCGUGGAGACCGACGACGUUGUUUUUGGUAGCGGUGCAAGCUCCUACUUUGGCUCGGCGACCGAUAUCAACGAUCACAAGCUGCUAGAGGGGAAGCUGAAAGAAGCCAUGGAAUCAAAGGGCAGAUUCUUGAGUAAUAUGUCACACGAAAUCCGCACACCGCUAAUUGGGAUAUCCGGAAUGGUGAGCUUUUUACAGGAUACAAUACUGAACGAAGAACAGAGAGAUUACACAAACACAAUCCAGACCAGCGCCAACAGUCUUCUCAUGAUUAUAAAUGAUAUUUUAGACUUAUCUAAGGUCGAUGCCGGUAUGAUGAAACUCAAUUUCGAAUGGUUUCACACCCGAUCCCUUAUCGAGGACGUCAACGAAUUGGUUUCGACAAUGGCAAUUGCUAAGCGGCUCGAGCUUAACUACAUCGUGGAGGAAAACGUACCAUCUUGGGUUAAAGGUGAUAAAGUGCGAAUUCGACAAGUACUUCUCAACGUUAUUGGCAACGCCAUCAAGUUUACCGCCGUAGGGGAGGUCUUCAGUCGGUGUAGAGUUUAUGCCUGUGACGCCCUUGAGCUUGGCGAACACCAAAUAAUGCUGGAGUUUUCGGUCAUCGAUACCGGGCGAGGUUUCACCAAAGAAGAGGCCGAACUCAUAUUUAAACCCUUUAGUCAGAUCGACGGGAGCAGCACUCGCCAGCAUGGUGGCAGUGGGCUAGGUCUCGUGAUCUCAAGGCAGCUUGUGGAACUCCAUGGAGGGAGAAUGGACGGGACUGCUGUUCCUGGCAAGGGAUCAACAUUUACAUUCACUGCUAAAUUUGGUCUGCCGAGCUCUGAAGACCAUCCGAGUGUCAUUAGCACUCCGCCGAUGACCGCGUCCAUGCGAUCUCCGACAGAAGGCAAGCCAAUACAUGCUAUCAAACCGCUUCUGCUGCACAGAACUAUGGAUUCCGUCUCGACUGCUAGUCCCAGCUCGGAAAUGGAUGUUGCAUCACCGGCGUUAGAGUCGUCUGGUAGUUCAGACCCUUCGCUCCGCUCCAUCCGUACCCAGGAUACUAUACGGUCCUCAGUCUCGUCUAUCAAUGUCGGCCUAUCACAUUUCAGUGAAGCCGCAAAGGCCAGUGGGCAAGACAUAUCCCAGAUGAAACUUGAGAUGCCUUCUGGAAAGAUGUCGCCCCAGAUGAUGCCAACUCCAGAUGGGACCAAAUUUCCCACAGAAUUAAUACAAUUCCGACCACCGAUGUAUUCGAUCCUCAUCAUCUGCCCUCAGAAUUAUAGCAGAGAGGCCACGACGAAACAUAUCGAAAUGACAUUGCCGAAAGAUGUUCCCCACCAGAUUACAGCGAUGGCAAGCGUGUCGGAAGCUGAAGAGGUGAUCGGAGGACACGAAUCCGUAACAUUCACUCAUAUCGUCCUUAACCUCCCAUCGGCUGAAGAGAUCGUAGGAGUUGUUGAUAUGAUAAUCGCAGGCUCUGGCGGUAAGACGUCAGUACUUGUCCUGACAGACUCUGUACAGAGGCAAGCGGUUCUUAGACUGGCGUCGGAUGCCGAACACCAACAGCUUCUGGCGGAAAAACGAAUCAUGUUCGUUUACAAGCCGGUGAAGCCGUCCCGAUUUGCAGUGAUUUUCGACCCCGGGAGAGAACGUGACCUCAGCGUCGACUUAAACCGUUCCAGCGCCGCACAAAUGGUCGAAAACCAGAAACAAAGCUACCUAGAUGUAGAAAAGCGGAUCGGAAACAAGGGGUACAAGGUUCUCCUUGUCGAGGACAACCCGGUCAACCAGAAAGUGUUGGUUAGGUAUCUGAGGAAGGUGGGCAUUGAGGCAGAGAUCGCUGCAGACGGCGUGGAGUGCACCGAGAAGGUCUUCGCGCACCCCCCUUAUUAUUAUUCCUUAAUACUGUGCGAUCUUCACAUGCCUCGCAAGGAUGGUUAUCAAGCUUGCCGAGAAAUUCGACAAUGGGAGGAGCAGGCUAACCUACGCAAGUUGCCUAUAAUCGCCCUGUCGGCAAAUGUUAUGUCGGACGUCCAAGAGAAGUGCACUGCGGCAGGUUUCAACGAUUACGUUACGAAACCGGUCGACUUCGUUGACCUCAGCACGGCGAUGUCUAAGUUCUUCUGAUCAGCCCGAUGACACGGCGGCCAAUUAGUAGCAAAUGGGUGCUUUUUAAGACAUGAUAAGUGCAUCUGUACGGCGUUCCCGGGAGAUAGAGCUUUUUAAAAAAGGACAGCGUUGUAUACCACGAAUGCAUCGUCGGGCGGUCGAGGAUGGAGAUUAUUUUAAAAAAUCAUUUGUAUUUUCUGUUGAAUUGGCGCAUGUACCACUAUGAUAGGUAGGGCAAAGGCCAAAGACGCCAGGGUUGACAAUCGGGGGGGUUCUUUUUUAUUUUUUUAUUGCGGGAUUGGCGAUGCUUUACUACUUUACUAGGAGGAAUUUGUACAAAAAGCAGGCCGGCAAUCAAUCGACGGCGGCCCAUAUAUCCCUCCGCUAGCAUUCAUGAUGACUUCACGGCUCAUAAUGGGAUGUUCGAUAGAGAAAUUUCGUUGGAGGAAAAGCGAACCAGGGUAGUUCUUUUUUUU